UCCACUAUUUAUUUCGCAACACUUCCAGAGAAAGAGAGAGAGAGAGAGAGAAUAGGAAAGAAGAUAAAUCAGAGAAUGGCGACGGCGAUUGUACGUUCAGCACUUUCGCGAGCAGCGAAGACAUCCGUUGCCCCCAAGCGAAGAUUUUCAUCUUCCGCCGGCCACGACGAUGCUUAUGAAGCUGCCAAGUGGGAGAAGAUAACAUACCUGGGCAUUGCUAGUUGCACUGCUUUAGCCGCCUAUGUUUUAUCCAAGGGUCAUCAGCACGGCGAGGAUCCUCCUGCGUAUCCGUAUUUGCACAUCCGCAACAAGGAGUUUCCUUGGGGUCCAGACGGUCUCUUUGAGGUGAAGCACAACGAAGGGCACUGAAAGCUGCUCACUGCUGUAUGAUAUAAAUCUUUCUGAAUGAGAGAGUUCGUGAGCUAUACAGCCUCUUUGCAAUAAUUUCUUCUUCUUUUUUUUUUGUUCUUUUGAAAGGCGGAAUGCUUAUCAAACUUUGUUUUAACGUUGUCAGUCAUUUGAUACACCACUCUUGUUGGGAAAUAAGAAUAGUACUUUUGUUUUGUUAUCAUCAAAUGCUUGUGAUUCAAUUUCAAUAAUAUGGAGAUUCU